GAAGCAAAAGAAGAGUUUACUUCUGGUGGGCCAAUUGGUCAGAAGAGAGACCCCAAAGAAUGGAUACCACGCCCUCCUGAGAAAUAUGCAUUGAGUGGUCACAGAAGUCCUGUCACACGUGUAAUUUUCCAUCCUGUCUUUAGUGUUAUGGUCACAGCUUCAGAAGAUGCAACGAUAAAGGUCUGGGACUAUGAGACAGGAGAUUUUGAAAGAACACUCAAAGGACACACAGACUCUGUACAAGAUAUUUCUUUUGACCACUCUGGCAAGCUACUGGCCUCUUGCUCAGCUGAUAUGACUAUUAAGCUAUGGGAUUUUCAAGGAUUUGAAUGCAUAAGAACCAUGCAUGGUCAUGAUCACAAUGUGUCCUCAGUAGCCAUCAUGCCCAAUGGCGAUCAUAUAGUUUCUGCCUCCAGGGAUAAAACCAUUAAGAUGUGGGAAGUGCAUUCUGGGUAUUGUGUGAAGACUUUCACUGGCCACAGAGAAUGGGUCCGCAUGGUGAGACCAAACCAGGAUGGUUCACUGAUUGCUAGUUGUUCCAAUGACCAGACAGUUCGUGUUUGGGUUGCAGCAACAAAAGAAUGCAAAGCAGAACUUAGAGAGCAUGAGCAUGUUGUAGAAUGUAUUUCCUGGGCCCCAGAGAGUUCAUAUUCUACAAUAUUGGAUGCUACAGGAUCUGAGACAAAGAAGAGUGGUAAACCCUGACCAUUUCUGCUUUCUGGAUCCAGAGACAAGACUAUUAAGAUGUGGGAUAUUAGCACUGGAAUGUGCCUAAUGACACUUGUUGGCCAUGACAAUUGGGUACGUGGUAUUCUGUUUCAUCCAGGAGGAAAGUUUAUACUGAGCUGUGCAGAUGAUAAAACCCUCCGCAUUUGGGACUUUAAGAACAAACGAUGCAUGAAAACCCUAAAUGCGCAUGAACACUUUGUUACCUC